AGAGCGGGCAGUCAAUACGGUGGUGCUGUCGCAGAAAGAGGACAGGGGGCUCGGGGAGGGGGCCGUGGCGCCGCGCCACCUGCUGCUCAUCUACAAUUGAUGCCGGUGAUAAGCAUUUGGAGAGCUACUGGACAUUGGGUUUAACAGUAUCACAGUCAAAGAAAGGGGAUACCAAGUUUCCAAAUGUCCUGUCGCUUCUUGCCACAUAUCUGAGCAGAUCAGUUCAGAAGAAUGAAGAAUUACUAGGUUCUGAUGGAAUGAAGGAGUCGUCCACUAUCUUUCAUGGCCAGAGGGUGACAGAUCUCAGUAUACAGCUCUAUGUAUUUCAUAUAUUGUGUCACAAACAUGACGCCCUUCAGUGUACGUCAAAUGUGUACAUGACGCCCUUCAGUGUUCAUCGCUUGCUAAUUACAAGUGUGGCGGUUGCUGCCAAAUUCACAGAUGAUGCGUUUUUCAACAAUACAUUCUAUGCUAGGGUGGGAGGAAUCAACACAAUCGAGAUGAAUCGUCUCGAGCUGCAUUUGUUGUUUAAUCUGGACUUCAGGCUGAAAGUGAACCUAGAGACUUUUUUGGGAGCUACUGCUUGCAACUGGAGAAACAUGCACCGGUGUCACCAGAGAGACUGUCGGUUCAGGUUCAUUGUGUCAAAUGAUCUAAAGAUUUGAGCUAUAGCGGUAGCACUGACGAGCGGAUUUCUAGAUUUUGGUAUAUGGUAGUUGACCUGAUUGUGUCAAUGAUUGCACCAAUUCUAUAGGUUGGGGCCUUUCUCAGAAAAUCUGAUGGCAACACUCUGGUAUAACAACCCCCCUCCCAUGGAUGACAAGGAUAAAGAUCGUUGUCGGUGCGGCUAAGGGCCUUGCCUUCUCCACAACGCCGACCAGUCGGUGAUCUACCGCGGAUUCAAGGCCUCCAGCAUCUUGCUCGACUCAAUAAGCAACAUGUAAGUUCAGACUUUCUGCUAGGAAAAGAAGUAGUUUCCAAAUGUCUCUCAUUUUGGAACUGUAGUGGUGCUUACUUAAAAAUGGGGUUGAAAAGUACGCCACACCCCUUAUGCUGAAAUUACCACAGAAGUGUCUAUCAAAUAAAGCAAGCUCCAUGGCCUCACAAACUCGCCUCUGCUGCUUAACCGAUACGGCCUCUCCCUACUCAGGAUAGACAGCUUCGUGGAGGGAGAGGAAGUCGAGCAGGCAAUGGUGCCUUCGUCAUCGCCGGCUGCGCUGGUAUAUUGUGCUCCUUUCCCUGCUCCGCCGCCUAGGCCACUCCACCACCAUGGGAUACGAGUAUGGCCUUACCAUGGCUGGGUUGAGGAUGAUCAGUUCGUCCCCAACGCGUCCCCGUUUGUCCAUCCGAUGAACAAGAGAGCUGUCAACAGAAGAAGCCGACUCAUAACCUCUUUGCAAGGAAGUGUGCGAGUAGUGAGAAAUUUUAAAUCAGUGAGCAAAACUUCGCAUAUGUACUCACUGUUGGAUAGCAGGAGGACUAGAGGAUGCCUUAGGAGAGGGUGUCCAGCAAGCACUGUUAAAGAUAUUCGAAGGAACUGUAAGUGCCCAUGCUGUUUAGAAGAGUGGGAGUUUUCCAGUGUGCAAGCGUGACUAAUCUGACAUAUUUUUCUGCUUCAUGGAUUCUGAACUCGCUUUUAUCAUAUUAUGUUUGUUUGUUUCUAAACAAGAACAAUUUCAUGCCAAGAAAAAGAAGUCGAGAUAUCAUAUCCCAUGGUUAAUGUCCAGGUAAUUGUUUUAAGAACUUCUGAAUAGCAUUGGCUGCUGAAACCUGCUACAUAGACGUAGAUUAGUAACCUUUCAGCAGUCUAGCACCAAAAGUUCCAAAUUAUUUCAUGGUGCUAUGACUUUCAGUCUUCAUUUCAUACGUGUUGGUCGUUUGAGGGACACAGCCAACUGAACAUCGAAGAUGGAUGCCCUUGUUUCACAAGCAGUUGGCCCUAGGUACUAAAUAUAUAUACUUUAAAUUUGUAGUAAACACCUCCGAUCCCAUUACAAUGAUGAGUGGCGCAUACGCAAGCACUCUAUUGUUAGAUGCAUAAUAAUUUGUUUUUCCAGGUUGAUAUAAAAGUAUACUCUUAAUUUGUAGACGCGCCUUCUCUGACGUGGGGAAGAUUUAUGUUAGAAACUUGCAUAGCCAGAUCAUUGAUGGGUGCAUAUUAUUGUACACACAAGCAACCUUAGUUGAAUAGUUCAUUGAUGGGCGGGGAGGGCAGGUCUGCAAGGUGUUGGGAAAACCUUUUCUUUAUGUGAACAACAUGGUAUGGUAUUGUUCUUAAUUCAACCUUGUUUGCAAAUUCAAGUGUUUGGUUUGAAGGAUGACACAAAUCCCACGCAAGGAACAUGUUAAUAUAGUUUUGUGCAACAUAUAUUUUUCAUCAUAGCGAUGGAAAACUGACUGGUGCAGGUGCCCUUCUAAUUGGUGCUCUAUGUAUGUUCUCAUUUGGUUCAGGUUGAUUUUUGUGUAUUCUAAGUUCUACACGCCAAAGACUGAAUACUGAAAUACACGAACAUGAUGAUGAUUAUGAUAGAGGAAGUACAAUGGCAAGCACCAAUCAGUGUGAGGUAAAAACAUAAAGCCGAGAAGCAACACCUGUUGAUGUUCUUUCUUAUGUGAUCAGCAAAUAACCUGCAAUGAAGGAUUCUAAGGAUAAUUUGCUUGCUAUGGUUGCCACUAAAAUCCUAUUUGUAAUUAUCUUUUGGCUCAUAAUUAUGUCUGUCAUUCUAAAGACAUGUUGUGACUGCA